AUUUCAUUAGGUGAUGGCCAGCCAUGGACAUUUGUUCAAAGAAACCAUCAGAAGUAUCAAUGAAACAAACACUUCAUGGUCUGUAUAAUCAGGGAGCCACAUGUUACCUUAACAGUAUCCUGCAAAUUCUCUUCAGGACUACAGAGAUCCAUGACAGGUUGUGUACAAAACCAGAACAAAUUGAUAAUGAGCUGAGGAAAAUCUUUAACCUCCUGAGGGAAGAGACAUGUGGAACAGAGGCUAUCACAAAGAUUUUGGAGAUUACAAACGUUCAUGAGCAACGUGAUGCUGCUGAAUGCCUGGAGAUGAUUUUAUGUAAGAUCAGCUCACCUGUCUCGGAGGUUUUCCAAGGAGAGCUGACAUACACAACAAAAUGCUCCAAUGGCCACAGCAUCAAUGAAGAGACAAAUCCCUUCUGGACUCUUCCACUGUCACUAAGGAAUACCCAUGAUAAAACCUACAAUGUGGGAAAUAGCUAUACAUGUUUUUUUGAGCCUAAAUCAUUCAGUGGAGACAACAUGGUGUACUGCAAUAAAUGUAACGAGAAAACAGAGGCAAAAAGUGUGUGUAACAUGAGGAAAUUUCCUCAGAUUUUGACUCUACUCCUAAAGAGAUUUGAUUUUGACUACGACAAAAUGUCACAUUUCAAAUCAGACUGCUGUGUGGACGUGCCCAUCAAAUUACCUCAACUUGAAAACCAGAAUAACAAUUACGAACUGUAUGGGAUAGUAAAUCACAUGGGCAGUCUGAGAGGUGGACAUUACACAGCCACCAUCCUUUCCAAUGACAGCUGGCUGAAAGACAACCAUUUGCAGAAAGCAAUUUCCAUGAGUAUGUUUGAUAUAUCCCAUUAA